AUGUAUUUUGUGGUUACCAUCAGAUUACUCAAGAAGUUUGAGCAAGUCAACCUCCAGCACAUACCACGAAAAGAGAACCAAAGAGAAAAUGACUUGGCGCAAAAGGCUUCAGGGUACAAAGCGGCGAAAGACCAGGAUGAAGAGGUCCAAGUAAGAGAGAAAGUACGAGCGACAUUGUUAUCACCAUCAGAUUUAUCGAUUAUAAAGUUGGGAGCCGUAGAUAAAAAUCAUUUUGAAAUUCUUACCGUCGACGACGAGGGGGAAAGUGAUUGGCGUAAACCGCUAGUCGAGUAUUUACGUAAUCCUUUAGGGUCGACAGAUCGAAAGGUGAAAUAUAGGGCCCUUAGCUACGUCUUGGUGAAUGAUGAACUACUCAAAAAGAUAAUUGAAGGAGUGAUACUAAAAUGCCUGGGAGAAAGCAAGGCAUAUGUAGUUGUGUCUAGCAUACAUAGUGGAGCGUGUGGGGCGCAUCAAGCAGGGUUGAAAAUGAAAUGGCUCUUGAUGCGCUCAGGAGUUUAUUGGCCUUCAAGCUUGAAAGAUUGCAUUGGAUUUGCUAAAAGCGGUCAAGAAUGCCAAUUACAUAGGGGCAUACAGCAUGUGCCUGCAAGCGAGUUGCAUAAAAUUGUGAAGCCCUAG